UUAAAGUGUUACAGUCUCUUAUUAGAUGGCAUCUAUAUAUCUUAAUUUCGCGUUCUAGUUUAGUUCAUAUUCAUUUCGGGCUCAAAAAGAAACAUUUAAGCAAAAUGCCUCAAAGGAAUUUUAUGGUGAUGGCCGUCGUCCUAGUCGUAUUUCUCGCAUCGCGUGUUCACGGAUUUAUUUUGGACACAAACUUGGAUCCUUGCCAGUACGAGAGCACCGCCAUCUAUUGUUAUAACCAAAACCUUACUUCAAUCCCUGUUUUCAACUUGACACGCUAUGCAAAUGUCUGCAUUACUUUAAUUAACUUGAGUUCCAACAAACUAACCAGUAUUGAAAACGAUGCCUUUUUGCAGUUGCGUUACCUGAAUUGUUCGUAUACUAUACAGCUUGGCAAGAACAAUAUGUCUCAAAUUAAUGAAUACGCUUUUCGCGGAAUUGAACCUCAUAUUGACAGUUUAAUGCUAAGUUCAAAUAGUCUUCGUUCGCUACCAGAGGCUGUAGGUUCGAUUAUUAAUCUUAAAACGUUAUUUCUCCAACGGAACCCAAUCAUGUCAUUGAAUCCGUCAGUCAUGGCUAAAAUUGGAAAUUCUUUAAUAACCUUUUUUGUCGGAAUGGCCUCCUUUCAGCAGUGGCCGAGAGAACUUCGUUUCUUAAAUGAACUUUAUCAACUUGGGCUAAAUGAUAUACCAUUUCAGAGUUGGGAUUCAGAUGCAUUUCAUGGACUGACACAUGUUGGUUGGUUGGAAAUAACAAGCUCUAAUUUAACAAAAAUCCCAAAUGCGGUAUGUGCUCUUUCCGCCCUUUAUUCAAUACACAUACGCAACAAUUACUUUCUAAAUGAAAGCAAAUCAGACGUCUUUGAACCAUGCAGUCCUAUAACCGGAACGCCAAGGCUUGGAAUUGUAACUUAUACAGACAAUCGUGUUGAUUAUUUUCCAAACAUUUUUACAAUGUUUCCAUCUGUAAAUACCGUGUAUAUGUCUCACAACGAUAUGCGGUUUAUGAAUGCAAAUAAAUUUGAAGAUAAUUUUAUUGUUGAGACGCUUUCUUUACAUUCGAACCAAUUUAGACGAAUUCCCAGUGGCUUUAAUAUUUUUAGAAAUCUUAAGCAAUUGGACCUUGGUUCUAAUUUUAUAGAAAACAUUGAGGACAAUGAUCUUAUUGGAUUACGCAGCUUAACAAGCAUUCAGCUAGCAUACAAUCCAAUCCAGUUCAUCGAGAAAAGGGCAUUUCAAAACAACAUGCAACUCAAUUCAGUAGACUUGUCCCAUACGUUUUUGACGACCGUACCUGCCGCUGUCACCAUCUUACCGGCUCUGAAAACUUUAGGUCUAGAAGCCAAUAACAUCGAAUGCACGUGCGACCUGGCCAGUCUGAAGACUUGGAAUGUGUAUUCCAUGCAAAUAAACGGACUAUGUUACCUAACAAAUGAACCGAUUGAGACGUUUAUCAAGACCUACAUUGACGCGGGUAAGCGCUAACCCGUGCAAAAACGAUGGCAUUACGUGACCGAUUCUGAAGAUAACAUUUGGACACGCAUCCGCGUAAUUUGUGUUUAAAUCUUAAUUUGUUUAGAUGUUUGUGUUAACUUUUGCAAAUAAGAAUGGUAGAUAUAAAAGGCAACAUCGAAACUACAUGUAUUGCAGUAUUUACAAAGGAUUAUUGUUUUGUGUUUUGUUUGGCCACACUAAAUUGUCAUUGUUAUAAUUGCAUGCUUGGAAUAACUGAUAUGAAAUUGGUUUGUUAAUCUCUUUGAUUCUCAUUUAUUGGAAGAUGGGAAAUGAUUUAGAAUAAAAUUAAAAUGUAAUUCAUUUAUAGAUAUCCAUAAUACGGUAAAGUAUUAAGGCAUGUAUGAUGCACCGAUAGAUUGAGUUCUACUUUCUGUGUCUCAUUUCUUUCUAUAAACAAAUUGCUGUUUGGUUUUAAAUUGGUGCUCUUGUCAUUUUGAAUGCGCAUUGUGAUAUUUUGAUCUAAGCAUAAUUGUGUAUUGGGGUAAUUAUUAUUUAAGGUUAAACAAAUCUGUGUAC